UGCAUUCCUGUUUUUUCUUCUUCAUCAUCCCAUCUCCUGUCCACAUAAUGGAAUUCCCAUGUUCCAAUCUCAGGGUAUUAUGGUCAUUUAUCCUCUUCGAUGCAAUCCUCCUCUCGUCCAUCUACCCCUGCUCACCCUCGGUAUUUACAUUGAAAAAUGAGACAGAUCGACUGGCAUUGCUCGCAUUCAAAGAUGGUAUUUCCGAAGAUCCUCUCAGAAUAUUGAGUUCAUGGAACGAUUCUCUCCAUUUCUGCAAAUGGGAGGGAGUCACCUGCAGUCUCCGCCAUCAUCAAAGGGUCACGAGCUUGAACCUCAAGGACCACAGCUUGGUGGGCCACGUAUCACCUCACAUUGGAAAUCUCUCUUUCCUGAGAACAGUGAAUCUCUCGAGCAACAACUUCCAAGGCGAAAUACCUCAAGAAAUCGGCCGUUUGUUCCGUCUUCAGAUUCUCAACCUGACUGAUAAUUCACUCCAAGGAGAAAUUCCAUCCAAUCUGACCCACUGCUCAGAAAUCAUAGCCAUUCAAAUCGAGCGGAAUCAGUUGGACGGAAAACUUCCCGCUGAGCUUGGCUCUUUGUCAAAGCUCAUUUCUCUUAACGUCCGCAGCAACAAUCUCAGUGGAAGCAUCCCACCUUCCUUGGGGAACCUUUCGUCUCUCACGACUCUUCGUCUAACAUCUAACAAUUUUGACGGGCAAAUUCCAAAUCAGCUUGGUCAAUUGGCAGGCAUUAUCACUUUUCUAAUAGGUGCAAAUCAGUUAUCAGGUACGAUUCCACCAUCGAUUUAUAAUCUCUCAUCCAUCCAAGUGUUUAGCGUGGCAGCUAACCGGCUACAUGGAAGCAUUCCCCCCAACCUAGGCCUUUUGUUUCCACACCUGCAAUAAAUUUCCGUAGCUAUAAACCAAUUCACUGGAACGCUGCCAAUUUCAUUGUCCAAUGCUUCAAGUCUCGAAUUAGUUGAUUUUAGCUCCAACAGUUUUCGUGGACAUGUGCCUUUGAAUCUAGGAAGUCUUUCACGUCUCUACGCUUUUAAUAUCGAGAGAAAUCAGCUUGGAAGCAGGGAAGACGAUGACCUGAGCUUCCUCACUUCACUGACCAACUGCACCCGUCUGGAGGCUAUAAGUGCAGAUAUUAAUAAUCUCUAUGGUGAGUUUCCCAGCUCUAUUGCUAAUCUCUCGACACAUCUAAACAUGCUCCUUUUAGGAGCAAACAAGAUAUUUGGAAUCAUUCCCAAGGGAAUUGAGAAUCUCAUUAGCUUGAAUGCUCUGGAUCUGUCAAUGAACUCCUUUUGAAGGGUAUUCUUCCAGAUGCUAUUGGGAAGCUUGACAAGUUGCAAGCCUUGAAAAUGUUUCAAAAUAAACUUUCAGGGCGAAUCCCACCUUCAAUUGGUAACAUUACUCGAUUGAGCUAUCUUGAUUUGAAUGGAAAUGAUUUCCAUGGAAGCAUACCAUCGAGUUUGGGAAAUUGGGGAUUUAUGGAAGAAUUGUCCAUUUCUCAAAACAAACUCAAUGGUACCAUACUCAAACAAGUUGGCGCAGCU